AUCUUCAAACACAAUAACAAGAUUUCGAUUGGCGUCCCAGACCACAAGCAGCCAUGUCUGGCAAACACCCAAUCCACGUUCAUCCGGCCCGGCCUCUAUACCGAUUUGCUGCAACCGCAUUGGGAGCUAGCAUGUGGUUUUUCUUGAUGUAUCGCGCAAAGAAAGACGGUCCGGCUCUCCUCGGCUGGAAACAUCCUUGGGACCACUGAUUUAUCGUCUUGGAACGAUACUCCCGCCGCAUCCUUCGCCAACUCAGGAAAAGAUAAUGGACACUACGAUUUAGGUAUUUAGUCGUCCGGAUCGUUUACAAUGGCAAGGAUACAAAGUCAAAUAGCCUUCUGACUGGUUGGGACCCUUUUUCCCAGUCUCGGUAUGAUGUCCGGAGGGAGAAAAUUACGGAUUUAUAGAUUUGUACAUUUAUUGCUGGGAAUUCACGAAUUUUUCAAGGCUUCCAAGUACAUUUGAUGUCUAUAUACUGUAGAUUUUUACAUAUCGAUUCUAGCUAAGAAAGGCCAUCGGCACCCGUAACAAA